CUGCAGGCUCGGGCAAUAACGCCAUCUUUAAACCCCAGAAAGAGCCACCGUUUAGCGCCCGGAUCAGCGACUCACUGUUUCCGUGUGGAGAUUAAAAUUUAGCGCGCUCCAUCGGCUCCUAAACCAAGUAUAAACGCAGGCAUUUGUUUACUUUAUUAUUUAAGGAACAACAGAGGCUAAUCGAAUGAUUACAGGACAAUCAAUACAAAAAAGCAAGGGAAGGCGGAAAAGCAGCGACCAAGCAAACAAGGCGUUGUUAUUUAGCGAGUUAGCUACGAGGCUAACGAGUGCAUUAAGAUUCAGAAAACGUUGAUUUAUAAAGGGUUUUUUCCCCUUCUUUGUUGUUGUUAGCCGCGUUUGGUUUAGUCUCGACUGCGUGGCUGCAGUAGGUUCCGACUUCUCCCCCUCCCCCGCCGCCCGGCUGGAGAUGAGUGGAAGAUGUCGGUUUCGGGGCUGAAGGCCGAAUUGAAGUUUCUUGAGUCCAUUUUUGACCCAAACCACGAACGCUUCCGAAUUAUCGAUUGGAAGCCGGACGAGCUUAGUUGCCAGUUUAACGUAACCGGGGAAAAGCUUCUGAUCAUCCACUGCAACAUCACGGAGUCCUACCCUUCAACGCCCCCAAUAUGGUUUGUGGACUCCGAUGACCCGAGCUUGACUCAAGUGCUGGAGCGCCUUGAAGAUGUGAGAAAAGGCACCACUCUGCUCCUGCAGCAGCUGAAGAGGCUGAUCUGUGACCUGUGCCGGCUGUACAACCUGCCCCAGCACCCGGAUGUGGAGAUGCUGGACCAGCCCCUCCCUGCUGGCCCUGUAGGCCAGGAAAGAAAGCAUGGAACGACUGAUGAAGUCACAUCGGAGGAAGAGGAGGAGGAAGAGAUGGGAGAGCAGGACAUCGAGGACCUGGACCACUACGAGAUGAAAGAGGAGGAGCCGGUGGACGGGAAGAAGUCUGAGGAUGAGGGCAUCGAGAAGGAGAACCUGGCCAUCCUGGAGAAGAUCCGCAAGAACCAGAGGCAGGACCACUUGAACGUAAGUGCUCAUUCGGGGGCGGUGUCUGGCUCAGUGCAGGCCUCAGAUCGACUCAUGAAGGAGCUCAGGGAGAUCUACAGGUCACAGAGUUAUAAGACAGGGAUCUAUUCGGUCGAACUUGUCAAUGACAGUCUUUAUGAGUGGCAUGUCAAGCUGAGAACGGUAGACCCAGAUAGUCCAUUGCACAGUGACCUGCAAGUUUUAAAGGAAAAGGAGGGCGUGGACUAUAUUCUACUCAAUUUCUCAUAUAAAGAUAAUUUCCCCUUUGACCCACCGUUUGUAAGGGUAGUGUCACCUGUACUUUCUGGAGGUUACGUUCUCGGAGGAGGUGCCCUGUGCAUGGAGCUUCUCACGAAACAGGGUUGGAGCAGUGCCUAUUCCAUAGAGUCUGUCAUCAUGCAGAUUAACGCCACUUUAGUCAAAGGAAAAGCCAGAGUGCAGUUUGGAGCCAAUAAGAACCAGUACAAUCUUGCCAGAGCACAACAGUCAUACAAAUCCUUGGUUCAGAUUCAUGAAAAAAAUGGCUGGUACACGCCACCGAAGGAGGACGGGUAAGAGGAGGCCUCCGUGUGUGCGCUGGGACCACCUGUCUUAGGGUCAACACCUUUUUCUUCUGUUUUUCUGUUCUGGUUUUCCCCCUCUGACUGAAGUUUUUCUUUAUCGGGAUUGUGACCCCCCCCAACCAGCUUUCACCCAUUUGGUGACCAUGAGAUUCUUAACGGGUAAAAUCUCCUCACUGACCUCUCCACCCACGCUCCGAACAACAGGCGACCAUUUUUACCCCUCCAUGGCUCUCUUCCCUUCAUCCAUCCCCCUCUCAGCAUAAACCAAGGGAAACUCGAUCUCUUUUUCCCUCCCCCUCUCUCAUCCGCUCAUUAUCCUUCCAUCGGCCUGAGUGAACUACCGCAAUUCAUGGGCGUUCUACUUUUCACUUCACUUGCCAAGAUUGUUUUUUUUUUUUUAAAGCUCAUUUCUGAACGAAACCCGUCUGUGAACCGCGGCUGGAGGUUGUGGACUCACUGACUGUCGCACAGAGCUCGGCUAACGGCCCGGAGGGCACAUCUGGGCUUAUCUCGUAAAAUCUUCCUAGAAGCCAAAUAUUUGAAGUGAGAGGGACUGGCCGUGUGUCCAGGUUCGCCCCCGGGCUCUGGGGGAAGGGACAUGUUGGCCCGGGGCCGGGCCACCCAGGGGCCCUGCGUCCUGCUGGGGGGUGCAGGGCCCGAGCCGUGUCAAGGAGCUCCAGCUGGAUCUACACGCUCCCGAUUCGCUUCAUUCUCACUCCCGCCCCCCCCCCCCCCCCCCCCAUUUUAUCUAAUAAAAUCUUCCUGUAUAAAAUGCUAAAAAUUCUAAAAGGAGUAACACGCUGGAGAUGUUUUGUCGUCCCGCUCGUACGGUAACCCGUCGACACGGACCCCGAGAGAAGGCUGGAGUCAGCGCCACUGCGGUAGAGGUCUCCCCGUCGUCUGAUAACGGAGACGGAGCAUCGCUUCUCCUCCACGUCAGCGAGAAUGUCGACUCAGCCACGGGCGAGCCGGAUUUAAUCAUUGUAAUGUAGUUUGAAUUUAACUCCAUAUAACGUGUAAAGAUGUGUUUCUGAGAUUGGGUUUAAUUGUUAAUGUACCUUUGCGUGGGGUUCCGGGGCUUUGAAUGUUCAUGCUUUUAUCAGCAACGCCCUCGUCAGGAUUUUUUUUUGCCAUAUGAAAGUAUUUCAUAAGUAAAAGGAGGCUGAGGUGCGAGACAACAUCAGAUUAAAAGGAGAAACAUUAGAACAUGUAUUAAUGUAAGCGUUACGACUGCUUCACCCCCCCUUUUUAAGGAUUACAAAGUGAUGUUGCCAUCUCUUAACCGUGUAACCUAGUUACCCUGGCAGUGCUUUCUGAUCUCAGUCUUAAUCCCGGCAGUCAUGACCCUUUUCGCUUUUAUCAGCUGAUUUAAUGAAACGUUUCUGGAAGCUGAACACCAGCGUCAUUGCAGCCAAACACCAUAAUAACGGCGGUCUUGCCCUUUCACAGUAACUUUAUGAUUCCCUACCCUCCUACUAUCAGCAUAACUAUGCAGAAGGUCAGCUCUGUUAUUACCAGUGAGAAGCUUGUAUGUGUGAAAUAAAUAAUAAUAUAAAAAACAAAAAAAAAAAUUAAAAAAAAGAAUUGUUGCAGUAUCGUGACCUUGGCUUUAGUUUCAGUGAUGGGCCUGUAUGCCUUCACAGUAGCAGCUGCCUUGUGCUCCAGGAGCCCCUGAACUGCCCCUGAACUGCCCCUGGACUGCCCCACAGACACUCACUCGGCCUGCCCCUCGCACGGACUGCCCCUCGCACGGACUGCCCCUCACACAGAUAGCCCCUCGCACAGACUGCCCCCCACACAGACCUGCCCCCACAGGCUGCCCCAUGGCCUGCAGAGACGGGCGCCAGGCGGAGGGGUCAGGAGUUCCGUUCUCAUCCUUCACUGGACUGGAGGGACAUGUUUGUAUAUAAAACUGCUUCAGGUCGACUGUGCCCAAUUUACGGAGACUGCAAGAUAUCUACUUGCCUUACUGAGGACACGUCACCUUUGAGUCGGCUCAAAUGCCUCUCCACACACUCGGGCCAGUGCCCAACACCCCCCCUCCCCCACACACACUCUUUUUUUACCUCCUGUCCACACCCAAGGCUUUUCCUGGUGUUUUUUGGUGGGAUGCAGCAUAGCUGAUUCGACAGAAAACUUUAGUUCGGUCUUUUUCAAUAACUGCAGGAGUUUGGAAUUAUCUGAGGACCGGUGCAAAUAUUAUGCAGAGUACUGUCUGUCUGAUGCACUAUAUUGCCCCUCACAAUGUUGUAGAAAUAAACUUCAUGGGCCAUUCUACAGUGUUUUUUUUUUUUUUUUUGUUAAAAAAAAAAAAAAUCUAUAUUCUCUAAAAUCACAUCCUGAUUAAGUUUUUGUUUUUCCUUUUCGGUUCAACAAAUGUUCAAAAUUAAAGGUUAAGUUGAAUUUUUAUCUUGUAGAUUGUUUGUCCUGUAGUUUGGCCCCAGUACUAACAUGGCACUAGCAAACAUCCUUAUUGUGAAAUAUAGUGAUGGGCAUAUAUUGUAAUGUUAAGAUCCAUCUUCCUUGUGUACUCUCAUAAUAUCAGUCAAGUCACUUGUAACCUGACCCACAGUAUAUAAUGUAUUGUCAACAUCAUGUCAGUGGUAUAAGAAUACUUUUACGUGGAAUACUCACAUCUUUUACGCUAGCGCACAUAUCUCGUUCAGGCAGUUUGACAUGCAUUUCUGAGUGAGGCUAGCAACUUCGCAUGGCCCUGUUUAAGAGCUGAAGCCGGUGGCCAGCGGUGGAGAUCGCUGCUAUGGCACCACUGGGACACGUCUCGCUUUUGGUAAAUUUGAUCCGACACGACUCCGGCGCGCAAACUGGAGACUCGUCUUGUGUUGCUGGGGGGAAAUGUUGCAAGCCGUAAUAUUGGUUUUGGUCUAACGCCCUUACUGUUUAAUUGAAACGAUAAAAAUUAAGUUUCACGCUUUACGCCUUGUACAGAGAGACGUUUCUCUGUGCGCGCGUCACCGUUUGACCCGUUUGGAACGGGCAGAUGGAGCAGAACUCUGUAUUCGGGCACAUUUGAGAGCACUUGGGUUUCAGCUGUAGCACAGAGAGAGAGAGAGCAGGGCUGCAGCUGCGUAGUUCCAUCUUUACGUUCAGCCCGGUCAUCGCUUCCUCCUGCACGGGGCUCCGAGUUCCCCUGCCUGCCCUUUCCCCCUGUGUAGGGCCGGUGACGCCUCCUCGCAGUGAGCAGAUGCGGCGCGGAACCUGCCUGUCGCGGAUGUUGUACAGAAAAUUAACAAGCGGAGCCCAGAGACUCUGUCAGGCCUUUGGUAAAUAACGUGACAUUUCUUAUUUUAGACAUAUUUAUUUCUUUAAUUAAAAGCUUCAGUUAACUUAUUGGAAACAAGAAUUGUGUUCUGCCUCCCGUGCGGGGUGUGAGGCGACCCUUACAUAUAGACACUUCUUAAUUUUCCACUUUCAUAGAACUGCGUAGUCCUCAAAACCAGCAUCAUUCUAGAUCACUCGAUCAGAGAAGCAACUUCAGGCCUCCCUAAUAUACGCGCAAAGGGUUGUAAUCUGACUUUAGCUGAUAUAAAGGCUUUCCAAUGCUUAUUGCAAGUUUUCUGGGCUCUCACGUACGCAGAGAGGAUGGGAGAUUUCACUGUACAAGGAUUUGUUUAUUUUUUGUGUCGUGUCAGAUAUGCUGUGACUUAUAGCUUCACUUAUACAAACAUGGGGCCAGUUGUGGUCUGUGUUUCAAGAAAAAAAAAAAUAUCCUGACUAAUUGUGGAUUCCUUAUCUGGCGCCAUAUUGUGGUGGGCAGGUUAUCAAGUUAUGCACCAUUGGCAUGCUUUGAAGUUUUUUUUUUUUCUUUUCGUUUUUUUUCAUUGCAAGAGUAAUUUUGACCAUGUACAGUAAUUUGUAAACUUGCAUCAAGUUUAUGAAUAAAGAAUUUUAAGAAAU